GGGGCGCCCGAUGACCGUGAUGGGAUGGUAAAAUAAUAUACGAUAUAUAAUAAAUAAAUAAAUUGAUAAUAACAGCUCAUGCCUCAUUGCUUGGUCAUGAUAACAUUUGAAAUUGUGAACUCAAUGUCUGCCGUUUUGAAUGGUCACCACACCGGGCACACCGUUAGUACUUAGUAUAAUGUGUUUAGCGUACGUAUUCAAUGGGAAGAUGACGGUAAAUGACAGAUCUAUUCUUAAUAUUUUAUUUUAAUAAUCGUUACAUCUGAUUAAGUAUAAAAUUAUACAAAUAUAAAUUAUCAAUAACAUCUGCUUUGAACUCGCUAUCACAUCACAAUCUACAGGCAACAGAUACCAAAGUAGCUGAUUAUACAUAAUAUGGAACACCAAAUUAAUGGCAAUGAAUCUGAGGCUGCAAUUUGCUCAACUAAUGAAACUACUAGGCAAUAUCAUGAUAGUGUUACAGUAAAUAAUACUAGUAUUGAAACAAAAAAGUAUUCAAAUGAAAAGAGAAAAGAUUUUUUGAGCUGGGAUGAUUUUUUUAUGGCAACAGCAUUUUUAGUUGCAAAACGUAGUAAAGAUCCUGUAACACAAGUGGGUGCUUGUAUUGUUACCCCAGACAAAAAAAUUGUUGGUACAGGAUAUAAUGGAAUGCCUAUUGGAUGUAAUGAUGACGAUUUUCCAUGGUGUAAAAAUAAUCCUUCAAAGUUAGACAACAAAUAUUUCUAUGUAUGUCACGCUGAAAUGAAUGCUGUGUUAAAUAAAAAUUCUAUGGAUGUGCGUAAUUGUACCAUGUAUGUUGCACUUUUUCCAUGUAAUGAAUGUGCAAAAAUAAUUAUUCAAGCAGGUAUCAAAGAAAUAGUGUAUAUGUCUGAUAAGUAUAGCUUCAAACCAGAAAUGGUUGCUGCUAAAAGGAUGUUUAAGGCAUCAGGUGUAUCAACCAGACAACACAUUCCAUCAAAACAGCAUCUUGUACUUGAUUUUUCGGAAAUAAAUUCAAAUAUGACACAAAUGCCUAGUACUCCAGACAAAUCAAAUUAUAAUUAAUUUUAUUUUAAGUAUAACUGUAUUUGACUCAAUUAUAAUAACCAAUAAUAUUUAAUAUUACCUGUGAUGAUAUUUACAAAACUAUUUCCUUUUGAAUAUUUUGUGUUAUCAAUAUUUACUUUCAACAUAAUAAAAAACCUAUUUUUUACUUAA